AUGCAAAAGAAAAGACAAACCCUUUCUGUUUUGGAUGAAGCAGAAACAAAAAAAAUGAAACUUUUAAAAGCCGACGCCGCCACUGCCUUCACGAACAUGCUGGUGGAGCGUGUGAAGAAUCCGUAUUUGCAAAGCCCCGACGGCAGCGAGUGGCCCCUCGAGCUGCUGAAAGGAGACGGCAGAUUCACAACAAACAGUUUGACAGAAACAGAAAAAAAAGAACUUUACAAAGCUUUCGUCAGGGAGUUUUGCGCUUCUCGCGUUUCUCUUUUUGCUUCGCGUUUAUCUCUUUUGCCAAACGAAGAUUUGUCUCUUCCUUUUGACCAGGUUUUGGAAAAAGUGCAAACUGCAAAGAGACUUUUCCAGGGAAUUCCCGAAGAAGAGUUGCGCCCAAAACAAGAGGCUUGGAAAGAACAAAGGUUGGAAGAACUGGGAGAAGGUUUCAUUUUGUUUUUGCGCCAGCACCCGGACGUUUCUCGAUUUGUUUUUGAAAAAAUAAAAAAAGAAAAGUCCAAAAAAGAAAAUUUCCAAAAAAGUUUUUCUUUUCAAAUUCAAGAAGAAGAACUCCAGCCGCUUCUCGACAAACUCAAACACGACGUUCGCUACCAACGCCUUGACGCAUUCCCAGCUCGUCGUUUACAGCUUAUCAAACAACGCGUGCAAGAACUUUUUAUGGAGCAGAAAAGAAAAGGCCCCGGCAUUGCCCAGAAGCAGCAAGCAGCACAAAGCAGCAAAUAA